AGGGUUUGUGCCGCGCCGCGCAGCCGAUCUCGCCACCGCCUGACGCCGUCUUCGUCCUCGCCGCGCCCGACGCUGGACGGCUCGCUCCCAGCACUAACGGCGGACGCGCCCUUCCGUCGCCGCCGUUCGUGACGUUCGUCGCUCCCGAGGUUCCUCUCCAAGCGUGCCCAGCCUCCACCGCCCCGAGCACAAGCAGAUUGGAUCCGGUUCGGAGGAGGCUAUAGCCUGAUUUUCGACGAUUGUCGCACACCGAAGGAGCAUCGUUUCAAGAAUAACUGCUGGCGUUUUGUUUGUCGAUUCAAGUUGUCUGUUUUGUUCCUUUUGAGAUCGGAUCGCCAUGAAGUUCAAUAGAGGUCGCCGCCGCAGCCGUGAUUCGAAGGAAGCAGCUCGUUAUGGGGAGGAAAGGCUAAGCGAGGUGCCAAGUGAUGUUGUGGUCAAAGUCCUCGAGACGGUGAAAAUACAGUCGAAGAAAGCAGCUGGUAAUGAGGAGGACAGGCUAAGCGAGCUGCCCAAUGAUUUGCUGCUCAACAUCCUCGAGAAGGUGGGUACGCUUGAUGCCAUAAGAACCUGCAUCCUUUCAAAGCGACUACAGAAGUUGCCCACUAUGCUCUCGCAGAUCGUAAUUGAUCUCAGCCCUCGUGAUUUGUUUGAAAUGGAUGGUGUUGUGGCUGAAGUGACGGACAAGAUCCUUAGUACGAGGUCUCCACAGAUCACUGUUCACAAGCUGAAGCUCAAAUUUUUCUUGGUUCCCUCUCGCUGUCUCUCCAUCGGCAAAUCUGUUGGCCUCGCCAUGGUGACCCAGAAAUUGGAUGCAGCUGAGUUUGAGAUCAUGACACAGAAGGAUUUCAGCCAUUGCACUGAUGCCCAUCGCCUGCUCUAUGCUAAGAAAUUCAAUGAUUUUGUUCGUGAUUGUCCGGAUGCAUUUGCUGGUCUCACGCGGCUGCAUCUACGGAAUAUGAGGUUUGGUAAAUCAGAUAUAUCCAACAUCCUUAGCCAUUGCAAGCGGUUGGAGUUCUUGUCUUUCUUCGAGUGUGACGAGGGGGUCCGUUCGGUGCUCCAUGUAGAACACGCUCAACUAGUUGAGCUUGUUAUCAUCUUUGGGAAAUUUGAAACAGUGGAGCUUGCCUGUCUACCAAAGCUCCAGCGGAUGAUCUAUAGGGAUUGGCAGUAUGAUGAUAAUCCCUUGGUUCUUGGUUUUGUCCCUCAGCUUUCGAAGCUCAGUCUUGCUUGUCCAUACUUUUCAGGCAAGACACUCAACUUAAGCAAGCUUCUUGCUAAUGCCCCCACUGUAAGCGAUUUGUAUCUGGAGUUUCGAAGUGAAAAGAUUUGGAUUCAACCAGAGUGCUCAAAAGUGCUUGCUCCUGUGCUUGCCAAACUACGGUUUGUGAAUCUGGACCAUCUUCCCGAAGAAUGUGAUAUCUCCUGGACACUGUUCCUUCUUGAAGCUGCACCAUACCUAGAGGAGCUUUGCAUCACAGUAUGGGACCAUAAGUGCCGAAUCGAGUCACAAAAGAGCGUCUCCAAGAAAACGGAUGUGAAGUGGGAACCAUCUGAUCCUCAUUUUAAGCAGAAGAAUCUGGCAAGGCUAACUAUCUACGGCUUCCAGUCCGAUGACAAUUUCAUCGGAUACGUUAGACGCGUCAUUCAAGCUGCGGCGAACAUCAGGGAGGUAUCCCUGCACGCCAGGAAGGUGUGCCCAUUGUGUUUCGAAAAGUUUCCUCAGGCGGCGGUUCGUCCUUCGAGUUAUCCACGGACCAGCGAGGAGUUUGGUUUGUUGAGGGAGAAGAUGACAGCAGCGUCGGCUACGGCUUCUCCUAUUAUUCACUUCCGCUCAUUAGGUUGAGUGGAAGAUGAACCUCUAUCUGAAAGACCCUACGUCCGCGCUACUGCAUAUUCUGCAGAAAUGUAUCUCGGCUACCUAUUUGUUCGAACGACUCAUUUAGCUAUUUUCGACAAAUGAAUCAGAUAAAAUAAGCACGUUUAUGUUUUGGUCGUGCAGUAUCGUGCUUAUGUUGAAUACAGUCAAUAUUCAGUUCGAAUGAUGGUCUGUUUU